GCUUAGGGAGUGUCUCACCCUAUAGUUUAGUCCUCUCCCACAAAAAUUCUCUCUGCACUUCUCUUCCCUUCUCUUCUCUCUCCCUCCCUCCCUCUCUCUCUCUGCAUGGAACUGCCUCAAGCUUCUCUUUGAUCUUUUUAUGUAUAUAUGAAUAUAUAUAUACACCCCCCCAAAAUUGCCACUCACAGUGUUAAUAUCAUCAUUCCUAAUCUCUUCGGCCUAGGCCCCAUGAAGAUCAUGAUAGCUGCGUACUCCGAAUGAUAUAUUGAUUGAAUAUCUACAAUAGCGUGCGAUCAUUGAACGUCGUCGAGCUCUGGUGCUGCUCUAGUGAUGAGGAAGAAAGUGAUGAACUUUGAGAGAGAGAGAGAGGAGACAUGAGCAUGGAGAGAUUGAUAAUUGGGGUGAUUUGAUUGAUUGAAAUCUCCCUUGACUUGUUAUUAUUGUUUCCCACUGAAUACACCAACCCACCGCAACCCAACCCAAAUGCUCUUUUCUUUGCUUUUUCUUUCUUUUUUUUUUCCCCCUUUUUUCUUUUAUUAACAUAAAAAAUUUCUCUUUUAAUAAUUCUGUUGUAUCCACAUAUGGGAGAUUAUGCAAUAAUUAUGCUUUAAGGAUAUAAAGAAUUGUCCAAAGGAAAUUUCUCGUGUUUUUGGGCUUUUAACUAAAUCUAUAAAUAAAUAUAAAACUCCAAAUGGGUAUGGACAAAACACCUCCUUUUUUUUUAAAAAAAAAAAAUCCUCUCUUCUUUGUUUCUUUUUAUUGGUUUUACUCACUUUAUUUAUUGGGUACGAGGAGAAAUAAGUAAACAUUAGCGUCAUUGGGAUCAAGUCAAAGUCCGAAUAUUAUAUUAGUCUCAGUCAAUAAGCUCUUGAUCGUAACACUUCUUAUAAAGGGUUCAACUCAUCUGGAGAUCUUUAUCAAAGUCACAGGAUUUGAACCUUAAGGAGCUAUAGAUUCCACAUGGGUAUUGCAAAGUUGAGUCUUUACAAACCCACAAAUAGUUUCAAUAUCCCCUGCACUGACCCUGCAGUGCCCACAUACAAAGGUUCAUGAGCAAACGGGGGGGCAGAGUUUCCUUGAUUGUCCAGCACACCCACACAUGUAAGCUUUUGGGAUCAAUCGAGGAGGAUAAAAGUUGUUAACAACAUAUGCCUUUUUGAUGUAUAAUUUUUUUUAUUAAAAAAAAAUGUGCAUUCAAUUUCUCCUAUCACAAGGCAAGAUUUGGGAAGAUCAGUGGUGACAGAGACAGACCAAGCAAUAUCACUUCCCACAUAGAGCCCCCCUUCACCUCAUUUGGACCACAGAGUAGUUGGGUUAUGUGAUGGCUGGCAACUGUCAUUUAUUUGGAACAUAUAUAGAGUUAGGAUUGAGAGAGAGCAGUUAGUAAUUAUGGAGGAGGAACUCAUCAGUCAAGCCAUGAUCAUCAUCGACGGGGUCCGAAGCAAGGAUAGACCUGUCAUCAUAGAGUACCAAACUAUGUGUUCACCAAGCAGGAGCUGCUGUCUAAGCGAGAGUUGCAACGGGUGAUCUUUGGUAUUUCUAGCAGGUCAUGAGCCAUCAGGACACGAACAAUAACAGAUUGAGAAAAUGAAGUUUAUGAAAAUUGGAACGAGACCGGACACAUUCUACACUGAAGAAGCUACCCGGACUGUAGCAUCAGAUAUACCAACGGACCUGAUUUUACGAGUUAACAACAUCACUUAUCUUCUCCAUAAGCUGCAGUUUCCUCUGCUGCCAAAAUGUGGUCUCCUGCAGCAGCUCUGCUCGGGAUAUGAUGAAAGUGAGAGCAUCACGAUAGACCUUCAUGAUAUUCCGGGAGGAGAAGACGCGUUCGAAUUAUGUGCAAAAUACUGCUAUGGAAUUACAAUCAAUCUCAGCGCUCAUAACUUCUUGCCCGCAUUAUGCGCUGCAAAAUUUCUUCGGAUGGUUGAAUCAGUAGAGAAGGGGAACUUUGUCCCAAAGCUCGAGGCUUUCUUCAACUCAUGCAUUCUCGAGGGAUGGAAGGACUCUAUCAUAACACUUCAAACCACGAGCAAGUUGCCCGAAUGGUCCGAGAAUCUCGGGAUCGCGAGGAAGUGCAUCGAUUCCAUUGUGGAAAAAAUCCUCACACCCCCACCAAAGGUGACUUGGUCCUACACCUACACCAGGCCUGGAUAUGACAAGAAAAAUCGACAUUCUGCACCCCGAGAUUGGUGGACAGAGGACAUCUCUGAUCUCGAGAUAGACCUUUUCCGGUGCAUAAUAAUCACCAUCAGAGCCACUAACAUGCUGCCGCCCCAGCUCAUCGGGGAGGCAUUGCACGUGCACGCCUCUCGUUGGUUACCUGACACGACGAGGAUGAAGGCCACAGAAGGCUCCGCAUCACAAUCACGGGAACUUACAGAAAGGAACAGAAGAAUCCUAGAAAAUAUCGUAAGCAUGGUUCCAUCGGAUCGGGGCUCUGUCUCGGUCGGCUUCUUGCUCAGGCUCCUGAGCAUAGGAAACUUCAUAGGUGUGUCUUCGGCAACAAGAACAGAACUAAUCAGGAGGUCUAGUCAACAGUUAGACGAGGCGACAGUUAAUGACCUCUUACUUCCUUCACACUCUCCCUCCAGUGAGUAUCUAUACGACAUCGAGUUAGUCUCGGCUGUUUUGGAAAGCUAUUGGGCACUGUGGAGACGUCAGCCUAAAGGAAAAGAUGAAAAUAGCCAGACCUUGAGAUCGAUCAGAAAGGUUGCCAAGGUCAUCGACUUGUAUCUUCAAGUCGUCUCCAAGGAUGCAAACUUGCCUGUUUCAAAAGUAGUGGCACUCGCAGAAGCUUUGCCCGAUAUUGCAAGGUCCGAGCAUGACGAUCUUUACAAAGCAAUCAACACCUAUCUGAAGGAGCAUCCUGACUUGGAAAAGGCUGAAAAGAAACGGCUUUGCCGUGUCCUAGACUGCCAGAAGCUGUCCCCGGAGGUCCGAGCCCACGCAGUAAAAAACGAACGCCUACCUCUCAGAACGGUGGUUCAAGUUCUCUUCUUUGAUCAGGAGAAAAGCUCUAAGGAAUCGAACGCGCCGCAGAAAUUGUCUCCCCGAGAGAUCCUCUCAAGGGGGAAGCAGAGUAUGUCCAUAAGAGAGGAUCAGUGUCCACAAGGAGAGGGCAGAGCUAAGGCAAAUCCUCCCCUGAGCAGCAUGAACAAUAGAGACCACGAGAAGAUGAAGAGAUUAGCACCUGAGUUCGAAAGGAAGCUUACAGUGGGGGAAAUAGAGGAAGUUGGUUCGACAAGAGGGAAGGAGAUCAAUGCUGAACGACAUACAAUGAGAAGGCAAAGAUAUGAUCCCAGCGAGAACACGGACAAGAGAAGCAGAUCAGACCACAGCAGUGCCAAAGGAAGAGACGGCAGAUAGUCAUGAUUUAUUAAUUAUGUUCACAUCUUGUUAUUCUUCUUCUAUUCUAUCAAUUGGGCACCUCUGAUGUUUUUGAGUUGGGGAGGAAAGCGACCUACACCGCUCAAACUGCCAGGCUAUUUUACAGAUCAUAUCAAGAAAUGUGUGCAAGGUGAACACAAAAAUGGCAGGCAAAAGGUAGGUUCGAUUGGGUUUAUCGGGUGCAAAAGUUACCCGGAAAGAUUGAAGAUAUAGAAUGGCCAGAAAUAAAGCUGUGUAUUCUUUUCACUGCCAUAUACUGCUCUUAUUAUUCAUUUGUCCGCCAAGAAAAAUGAAGUAAAAAAUGCUCUUUUACUGCAAA